AUGCGCGUCCAGGUGCGGCAGCAGCGCCUCUCGCAGCCGCGCGCUCGAGUGGCCGCGGUCGGCCGGGCGGAGCUGCACCUGCACAUUGAGGGCACUCUGGAGCCAGAGCUCUUGUUUGAGCUGGCAGCCCGUAACGAGGUGCUCGAGAAGAUCCCCUAUAAGUCCUUGGAUGAAGUACGGGCCGCGUACAACUUUCAAAACCUGCAGUCCUUCCUCGAUCUCUACUAUGCUGGCUGCGCGGUCCUCAUCACAGAGCAGGACUUUUAUGACAUGACUUGGGCAUACCUGGAGCGAGCAGCAGCGGACAAAGUUGUGCACACAGAGAUAUUCUUUGACCCUCAGACGCACACAUCGCGCGGCGUGCCCUUUGCCACAGCGUUCCAGGGCAUAACCAAGGCGCUGAAGGACGCAGAGGCGAAGCUGAGCAUCUCUUCUCACAUCAUCAUGUGCUUCCUGAGACACCUUGGGUCAGAGUCGGCCAUGGCCACUCUCCAGGAGGCGUUGCCAUACAAGGAGCAGAUCAAGGGGGUGGGCCUGGAUUCUAGCGAGCUUGGCUUCCCGCCAUCCCUCUUCCAGGAGGUGUUCCAGCUUGCAGCCAAGGAGGGCUUCAAGCUUGUAGCCCAUGCUGGCGAGGAGGGGCCUGCAGAGUACGUGUGGGAGGCAGUCAAUCUGCUUAAAGUUGACCGAAUUGAUCAUGGAGUGAAAAGCAUCGAGGACGCCAGUCUCUGUGCUCAUCUUAGCAAGGCACAGACGCCCCUCACCGUCUGCCCCCUGUCCAAUGUGAAGCUGUCAUUUGUCACUGCCUUACCUGACGAACAGCUUGUGGAGAAGCUACAAGUGCUCCUGAGACAGGGGAUGUGCAUCACAAUCAAUUCUGAUGACCCCGCAUACUUUGGCGGCUAUGUCAAUGCGAACUAUGUCUUCCUUGCCCAGUCCCUUGGCCUGGAUGCCGAGACGCUCUACCAGUUGCACCGGAAUUCUUUUAUAGCCUCGUUCCUGAGUGAUGAUGUCAGGGACAAGUACCUUGGCAGCCUUGACCAGAUUUUCAAGCAAGCCGUGGCUUGA